AUGCUCCGCCUCUCACGGCGCUUGCUGGGUGCGGCAGGCGCCGGCCCGUUCGACCCGUACAAGAUUCUAGGCGUAAAGCCGGACGCCAGCAAAGACGAAAUCAAGAAGGCGUAUCACCGUUUGGCACUAAGGUUCCACCCAGACAGCGGGGCAGAGGGUAACGCAGCACGAUUUGCGGCGGUGAACGAGGCGUACGAGGCUGUUAAGGACGGAAAAUGGAAGCAUAGCGCUCAGCAGCAACAGAAGGCGGAAGAGCAGAGCAAUGGAGACUGGAGGGAUCCCAAGAUGCGCAUGUACGUCUACGAGCAGCCGGGCUCGACGACGGAUGGCUAUGUCUCCGGCGACACCGAGAAAUACGUGCGCUUUUUCAUGAUUGGCUGUUUUCUCUUUAUAUUUGUUCGCGUUUCGCUGUUCUUCCUUCUCCCGUCCGCAAGGAACGGCGGGCGCCACGAGAUCGUACUAGAUCAAGAGCGAUCGGACGGGUCUAUGUCUCUUGGAGCCGUCGCCAACCAGGAGACGCCGUUUGAACAGUCCCUCGCUGAUGCUGCAAAUGGCUGCAGCAACGGCUCCGUUCACGCGGAUGAGGAGGUGGAGUACAAGUGGGUCGAAAAGGGUGCGAGCACCCCCAUGAAGGACCCAUUGUCUUACAGGUGA